AUUAACUAGUUUCAUUGAUUAAGCUGGAGCAGCACGUCAGUGUAUAUGUGUCUCUUCCUCAGCACCUCUCGUGAUUCCUCCUCUAUCUCAGCCACCAAAAACCCUUGAAAUCCUCCAACCCAUCAAUCUUUAACACUUGGUCGUUUCUAUGUACUAUUUCAUAAUGUUUUUCUUUUCUUGGAUAUAUAUAUAUAAAAGACUUUCUCUAACUGGACUUAUGAUUCUUGUUGUUUUCUGAUUGAUUGGUUAGUUUUAUUUUGCGAGUAGCAAAUAAUUAUGGCGCGGAACAAAGACGGGGAAAACGAGGAAGAUGAGUUUUUCUUGGAAGAAUCAGAUGAAAAUCUUGAAGCUGGUCAUAUUAAUACAGAGGAAGACAUGACAGAAGAUGAUGAACAUGAAGAAGGAGAAGGGAGGCCUUCUCGUUCCUCUUCUUUUGUUUCUCAACAGUGGCCACAGAGUGUCAGGGAGUCUAUGGAUGUUUACACAAUUGCUGCAUCACCAAACUUUGGAUCCUUUCAGCGUGUAGCCAGCUUUAAGUUUUCAACUUCUGAUAUCUCUAGUCAAAAUAACUUGGUUUGGAGUGUAAAGACCCCUUUGCUGUCUAUUGAUGGGAAGAGUCACCAGAAAAGCGACCUUGAUGUGCCCUGGAGAUCACAAGUUUCAUGGCCAGAAAAGGUUUCAUCACAUAUAAUCACUGGAGAACUUCCAAUUAGCCACGGAUGUAGCCUUGUUCAAACUAUAUUCAAUGGGACAAAUGUCAUGGCUGGAGUUGGACUUCUUUCUACACCUUAUACAGUGAAACAAGCAGGUUGGGCAAGCAUGGCAGUGCUUGUUCUUUUUGCAUUAGUCUGUUGUUAUACUGCUUGUCUUAUGCGAUAUUGCUUUGAAAGCAAAGAGGGAAUUACAUCAUUUCCGGACAUGGGAGAAGCUGCAUUUGGAAAAUAUGGACGUAUUCUAGUAUCUAUUAUUUUGUACAUGGAGCUAUAUUCCUCUUGUGUAGAAUUUAUCAUACUUGAAGGGGAUAAUCUCACGCGGCUAUACCCUGGAGCACACAUUAACUUGUUUGGUUCUCGAUUGGACUCCAUGCACUUGUUUGCAAUCAUUAGUGUUCUUAUCAUUCUGCCCACAGUUUGGUUGAAAGAUUUACGAUUGAUCUCUUACCUUUCAGUCGGAGGCCUCAUUUCGACAGCUCUAGUGGUCGUAUGUCUUCUCUUACUUGGGACAGUAGAUCAAAUUGGAUUUCGUCAGACGGCUCCAGUGGUAAAUUGGAGUGGUAUUCCAUUUGCAAUAGGUGUCUAUGGGUAUUGCUAUUCAGGGCACUCUGUUUUCCCAAAUAUCUAUCAAUCUAUGGCCGACAAAACCAAAUUUACAACAGCAGUCAUUGUGUGCUUUACUUUGUGUAUUCUCUUAUACGGUGGUGCUGCAAUCAUGGGAUUUCUUAUGUUUGGUCAAUCUACGCAUUCACAGAUUACUCUGAAUUUGCCAAAACAUGCUUUUGUUUCUAAUGUUGCAUUAUGGACGACAGUAGUAACUCCAGUUACCAAAUACUCCUUGUUACUGAACCCGUUAGCUAGAAGUAUUGAGGAGUUGCUUCCUGCAGCUUUGGCUACUAGUUACUGGUUUUUCAUUGUCCUAAGGACAGCAUUGGUUAUAUCUACACUUUGUGUUGCAUUUCUUCUUCCCUUUUUUGGUAUUGUGAUGGCUCUAAUAGGUUCUCUUUUUAGUGUACUCAUGGCGGUAAUUAUACCAACUUUGUGCUUUCUGAAAAUUUUGGGGAAUAAGGCUACAAAUAAUCAGAUCAUACUCAGUGUAGCCAUUGUCUUAUUGGGGAUUGUCAGCGCGUUCAUGGGAACAUACACUUCUCUGUCACGACUUGCUGAGGAAUACUGAAAUAUUUGCAACAUGUCCAUAUAAAGCAUUAUGUGGGAAGUUGCAAGUGUUGUUUACAAGUGUGUUACUGGUGGAAAACAAAUUAAAUUCUAUAGGGAACCUUAGUAGUUGUAUUACAUAUUAGUAAGUACGGAGCAAGAAAAAUUAUAAUGAUUCAUAGAGCUCACGUUCUUUAA